AUGGUAGACAUCGAUGGUAGUUCUGAUGAUAAUCCAACUAAUCAGUAUAUUGAAGGCAGCAUCGAAAAUACUUCCAUUAAACAACAUGAUAUUUAUGAAGAUGAUAAUGCGCAUAAUGAUACUGAUAAUUGCAUUGAUAGUAAACACAGCAGAGCCAGUCAUGCAAAUCAAAGUUCAUUCAAUGCAGAUGAAUACACAUAUACAGAUAUCAGGUCAAGAACAUACACUCCAAAGAAACUGUGGAUAAAAAGAGAUGUAGAAUAUGAUCUGGAUAGCAUGUAUUGCGAUAGGAUCCUGAACAGAUUCGCUGUAAAUAUAAACAUGCUAAAGGAAAAAGGCACAUACGACAGAAAUGUAAAUGACGAUGCAUUCUACUACAACUAUAAGACAAUUGCUGUUGAUCUACAAACACUAAGAACUUCAGGCGAACUCAUGGACAAGAUGGAAUGCAAGCGACUAAGAGCAAUGUCACUUCGGCUGAUUGAGUAUUCAAUGAAGUUCAACAGAGACAUCGAGAAACUCAUUGACAUAGCAAUCUCUAUUGACACACAAGAUAUCAUCAAGGACAUGAUAAAAGCAAGCAUUGCGAAAAAAAAAGGAAUAAUCGGGCUAAUACGAAACAUCAGGAACCACAUUUCGGAGAUCGUGCUCAUGGGUGAUGCUUGUAAGAACCACAUUGAUGAAUCAAACGCAAUCGCAUUCCGUGGGAUUGAGGGAUUCGCCAGCCUGUCAGAAAGUAAAAGCACAUAG